AAUUAAUCCAACCUCACCUUCCAACAAUAUUCUCAAAACCUCUCUCUCUCUCUCUCUGUCUCUCUUUCUCUCUCUCUCUCUUCAAUGGCUUCCAUUCCCACUUUCUCUUCUUACUCUCUUCUACUAAAACCCAACAACACUCUCUUUCCCCAUUCAAACAACAAUCACCAAUCAUGUACUCUCUCUUUCUCCUCUCUUUAUGGAACCAAACUCACUUUCCAACGACCCAUUUCAUCAACUCGUUCCUUUUCCAUUACAAAUUGCCGUGCAACUUCAGCAACGGUGUCGUUUAGUCUCCCCACUGCUCCGAAUUCACAAUCUGGUGAACCUAAGAAAACCCCAAAUCCAAAUUGGUCGGCAAGGGCUAUAAAGUCAUAUGCAAUGGCGGAAUUGGAAGCGAGGAAGCUUAAGUAUCCUAACAUAGGAACUGAGGCACUUCUAAUGGGGAUUUUAAUUGAAGGUACGAGUAAAGCUGCGAAAUUCUUAAGAGCUAAUGGAAUUACUUAUCUCAAAGUACGCGAACAAACGCUAGAGAUACUUGGUAAAUCUGACUAUUACUUCUCCAGUCCCAUACGUCCUUCUUUGACCGAACCAGCUCAGAAAGCCGUCGAUUGGGCAAUUGAUGAUAAAUUAAAGUCAGGUGAAGAAGGCGAAACAAAUGUGGCACAUUUACUUCUAGGAAUUUGGUCACAAGAAGAAUCGGCAGGUCGAAAGGUCUUGUCUGCAUUGGGUUUCAACGACGAAAAAGCCAAAGAGAUUGCUAAAACAUCAGCAAAUGGAGAUAUUGAUUGGAAUUUCAUAAAGAAACAAACUUAAGAAAUUUGUUGGGAUAAAGGGUUGAUUGAUGAUCCUUAUUGAACAUUGGUGUUGCAAGUUCCUGUAGAGAAAAUUGACUAUACUUUUUCACUCAAGUUUAUCAACCAGUGGUCGAUACAUUAAUGUCCUUUAGAGUUUUAGAUUUCCAUGCCAAAUACUGUUGUACACUGAUUGGAGAUUAUACAUUUCUCAUUCAUUUUAUACAAGUAUUUUGGAAAUCAAAAUUUUAAGCAGUUUUGUAACUGGAA